AUGUCAGCUUAUUCCUCUUGGAAGGGUUUUUUCAUAGUCAAAUUGGAUAAUCUGAGAGAUAAACAGUAUAUUAAAGCAGGUAGAUGGGAAGUUAAUGAUCAAGUACUUCGAAUCAGGAACUGGAUUCCAAAUUUUCGUCCUGAAAAUCAAAGAACAUCACAAGCUAUGUUGUAUGUGAAUUUUCCAGGUCUAAGUUUGGAAUACUGGGAUGAGAAAACACUAUUCAAAAUUAGCAGUGUUAUUGGUACUCCUAUCAAAGUUGAUGAAUCAACUCUCAAAUUCGAAAGUGGUUAUUCUGCAAAAAUUAUUGGGCAUUUAAAGUCUGAGUGUAGAUUCAAGGAUGGGAAUGCUGAUAACAAAUCUCCUAAAUCAACUCCCAAGAAUUUUGUUAAUGAACAGGUACCAAAUAAGCCACAAGAAAUUUUUGAGCCAUUUGAUAUAUUAUCAGAAGGAGUAUUUGAAGAGGAAGUAAUCAAAGAGCUUAUGCCUGAUUUUGUGGACUCAGCAAAAUUAUCUCAAAUAGCAGAGGACAAUUCAGUUGAUAAGAGUGUGGUGCAAUUUGUGAAUGGUACAAAUGAAUCAAUAUCAACAACAAAAAAUCCAGUUACUUGUUGGUCUAAAAUCAUUCAAAAGCCAAGUCCACCUAAAGAUCAAGCUUCUACAAGUAACAAUGGAGGUUCUUCAGCACCUGAAAAAGUAACAACUCAAAAUUCAGCUACUUUUUGGGCUAAAAUCUCUCAAAAGCUAAGUCCACCUAAAGAUCAUGUUUCUACAAGUAACAAUGAAGAUUUACCUGAAGCACCUGAAAAGGGUAAUAUCUUGGUAUUUUGGAAUAAAAACUUACCCACUCCAUUUGUGGUAUCAAUGUCAAGUCAGAUGAUUAUUGUCAGUGUUGGAGAUACUUUAGUUUCAGGUGUACAUGCUCAUGUUGGUGUUGUUCAAAGAAGAAUUCUAUGGACUGAAAUGGAAGCAAUUAGUGAAUUAAAUAAGUCAUGGUUAGAAAUUGGUGAUUUUAAUGAUAUUGUUUCUUUAGAUGAAAAAGUUGGUGGUAGAAGUCCAAACAGAAGAAGCAUGUUGGACUUUUCUGAAUGUUUGGAUACUUGUGAACUUAUUCAAGCUUCUCAUUCUGGGUUGCAGUUUUCUUGGCUGAAGAAAGUGCUGAAUGAUUGGAAUUGGAGUGUGUUUGGUGAUGUUAAUGUCAAAAUUAAAGAAGCAGAAAAAGAUGUUCAAGAAGCAAUGAAUAUUUCAGAUAAUUGUCCUUAUGAUGUUGAAGCUCUUAAGAAUUUAGUAGAAGCUGAAUAUGUUUAUAAUUCCAGAGAAGUUCAUCUGCAGACAUUAUUAAAACAGAAGUCAAGAUUGAAUUGGAUUAAAGAUGGUGCUGCAAACACUGCAUUUCUUCAUGCAAACUUAAAAGUGAGGAAGACUAGAAAUCUUAUCAGUGAAUUAGAGUUUGGGGAUGGAAAUGUUAUCACUAAUCAGAGUGAAAUAGCAGAUGCAUUAGUAAAAUACUAUAAGGAGAAAUUUGAGUUUCAAGAUGUUUCUAUAGAAGAAUCUUUAAUAAAAAGCAUUCCUGAGGUGAUUACUAGUGAAGAUCAACAAAUGUUAGAAAAAAUUCCUGAGGAAGAGGAGAUUAAAGAAACCAUUUUCAGCAUUCAUCCCGACAGUUCUCCAGGUCCAGAUGGAUUCUCUGGUUGUUUUUACAGAGCAUGUUGGCAUAUAAUAAAAGAAGAUGUUGUGCAAGCAGUCCAAUUUUGCUGGUCUAGAAAGUUCAUCCCGAAAGGGCUUAAUUCAAAUUUUUUAGUCUUGCUGCCAAAGGUUGAAGGUGCAAAGGCUCCAAAUCAGUUCAGGCCUAUUGGUUUAAGCAAUCAAGCUGCAUAUGUUAAAGGAAGGUGCAUUCAAGAACAGAUUAUUCUUGCUUCUGAAAUGGUGAAUGAAAUGAAAAAGAAAAGAAGGUGUGGAAAUGUUGGACUUGAGCUGGAUAUAUCUCAAGCUUAUGAUUCAGUAAGUUGGAAAUUUCUUUUUAAGGUUUUACAAAAAUUUGGAUUUUCACAAAAUUGGUGUGAGUGGAUUCAUGUGCUUUUUAAAUCUGCUAGGAUAUAUGUUAUGUUAAAUGAUGGCCCAAAGGGUUUCUUUUCAGUUGGUAGAGGCUUAAGACAGGGUGAUUCCUUGUCUCCUAUUUUAUUCAUCAUUAUGGAGGAAAUUCUCAGUAGAAACAUUACUAAAAUGGUGAAUUGUGGUCAGAUCAUUCCAAUGGUGACAAGAGGAGGAAUUCAUCCAACUCAUUUAAUGUUUGCUGAUGAUGUUUUCAUUUUCAUGAAUGGAGGAAAGAAAUUUAUUACAAACAUCUUGAAGCUCUUGGAAGACUACCAAAGAAGCUCAGGUCAAGUAAUUAACAAACUCAAGAGUAAACUUUUCAUAGAUGGAACUUCAUAA